AAUUAAACAUAAAAAAAUCGUCAUGAAGUCAACAUAAAGUUCGCACUUAAGGAAAAAACAGCGCGCGAAAAGAUAUCCUCUCGAUAAACGUAAAUUCUGGGCACGUGUGGCCCAUUUUAUACAUGUUUAUUUAUGCAUGAUAUAUAAGUAGUAGACGCGAGUUUAUGAGUAAAACAAUUACAACAAAGUGAAGCACGAGACGAGUGUUGCAUACAAUAAAAAAAGAGUCUUGGGUGUUUUGGGGCAGCAUAAAAUCGAUUCGGAGUGCAUGCGUGUGUGGGGUGUGGGUGUGUGUGCCGAAAUUACAUGCAUGUGUAUCUUUGUGGCAAAUGCAAAGAAGCAGCAAGCUCACGCGCUUCUUUUCCCUACCCCCUACCCCUGGGGGCCGAUCCAGUUGAUAGAAGUUUAACAGCAAAGCCACAUUCGUUCGCCGAUUGCAAGAGAGUGAAACAAACAAAAGAGCCCCAACCUGUGUCAAAAUCAGCCUUAAAACUAUUCAGUCGGGCUUACCUUAAAGCACAAAUAGCAGCAGAGCUGGAGAGACCACGCACGACGUGGCAAAAGCAAAGAGUAGCAGCAGAAGUCGCAGCCACAGCCGCAGCAUCAGCAAACAACGUCGUCGCCUAGUCGCCGCCGUUGUUGUUGUUGUCGUUGCUGACAAUCUCUCAAUUAUAGAACCUCAGGGCAUUUGCCGCUAGCGGGCGACCAAAUGCAUAGACAACAUAUGUUGCACUCACGAGCAGUUCAAGAUCAAGAGCCGCAGUCAAAGCAGUUGCGACCACGACCGUUUGUUGCAUACUACAUACGCUCAUAGGAGAGCGGCGAGAGGGCGAGAGGGCGAGAGAGGGAACACCACCCAGUAUCAUCCCAGUAUCCAGCAUCCCUGUGCUUAGGCAGGGACCGGAUCGGACUCCACAACGGCCUCAAAGGGGAAAAGCCGCACGGAGGAAGGACAAGCAACCAGACAGAGAAACGACAAGAUGAUGAAACGCACCCGUGUCGACGAGGUGCAGUUCGGGACACGUCCCGGCCCACCAGCUCCGGGCGUUGUCGGCGUCGGUGUCGGAGUUGGAGUCGCCGGCGUUGGCGUUGGACCCACUUCCGGCGUCAGUGUCGGCGGUGGUGGCUCCGCCACUGUGGGCGUAAACACAGGAGUAACAAUUGGCACAGUGGUGCCAAGUGCUCACAGUGCCACCAUUAGCGGCAUCAGUUCCAUACACCAUCGCAUCCUCACACCACAGCAUGGUGGUGCCCAGACCAUAGCCUAUCUGCCGUCCACCACGCCGACGGCAACGAAUCUGAAAACAACGAGCUCAAUUGUUGACAGCACCAGCAGCAGCAGCAGCAUCAUCAGCACCAGCACAGGAGGAGCCCAGGUGGCCACUGUUGGCGUGGGAGUGGGAACAGUAGGAGGAACUGGUGCAGCUGGAGGAGCAGGAGGCGGAGUAGUUGUAUCCACUGGCAGCGCGGGUACACAAACACUUCAGUAUACGACAUCCUAUAGCGUGGCGUCAAUACAGGCUGGAGGAACUCUCAAGGGGAGUACAUCGGUGGACGGUGGCAAUACCGUGCAGAUUCAUGUCACUGGAGGCGCAGGAGCAGUGGGAGGAAUAGUAGGAGGAUCCGCUAACCCAUCCAACGCCCAGACAGUCUCGAGCAGCUCCCAAACGGCAAGCAGCACCAUCCGACAGCGUACAAUAAGCGGUACACAGACCGCGGCCAGUGCAGUCAGCAAUCUCACAUCAAUGGCGCAACAUCAGACGCCUGGCAGUCUGCCCCAGACGGCACAGACGCCACCCUCAGCUGCUGCAGCUGCCGCUGCUGCCCAGCAGCCGGGCAAUAUUAUCACAGGAGGCAGUAGUACCCCACCGCAGGGACAGGGAUCUGGAGGAGGAAAUGCCACGCCACGACUGAAGGUGGAGGAUGCGCUCAGCUAUCUGGAUCAGGUGAAGUACCAGUAUGCGGACCAGCCGCAGAUCUACAACAACUUCCUCGACAUCAUGAAGGAGUUCAAGUCGCACUGCAUCGACACCCCGGGGGUGAUUGAGCGCGUCUCGACGCUCUUCAAGGGCCACACGGAGCUGAUCUAUGGCUUCAAUAUGUUUCUGCCGCCAGGCUACAAGAUUGAAAUCCAUUCGGAUGCCCUUGGCUGCUCGGUGCCGGUGGUGUCGAUGCCUUCGCCCCCCGGCGCACCCACCAGCACUGGGACGGUGCACAUGAUAGCCGGCGGCACCAGCAGCCCCCUGGCCACUGCCGGCCAUAACUUAAAGACCACGCUGACUGCCGCCGCAGGAGGAGGAGGAGCUGUUGCGGCCGGAACAGCUGCCGCUGCGGCAGCCGUGGCACAAAUUCAAUCUGCAGGCGCUGUCAAUCUGAUGACCCACGGCGGUGCAUCGCUCACCCAGACCACGAUUCAUGCGCUGCAGCAGGCCACACCACCGCAGUCGCAGUCCCCGGGGCAUGUCCAUGUGAGCGUGACCAGCUCGUCAGCGCCAGCGGUGGUGGCCGUGGCUGGAGGACAGCCGCCGGGCAGCAUCUCUGUGUCGGCGCACAACAUGCCACAAAAUUACUCGCGGGAUCGAGAGCGGGCCACAAUCACGCCAGCAGCCGGUCAAGUGGUGACGGCGACAGCGGCUCCUUCAGCGGCCAGCAGUAUUGUUGUUGGCGGUGGUCCGCCCACUCCGAAUUCCCUGAGCGAACUAAGUCCACACGGUGUUGCGGUAGCUGGUGGCGGAGCGGGUGCCCAGCACAAUCUGCAUCACAUCCAGCAGGCGCAUCAAUCGAUACUCCUUGGCGAGACGGGGCAACAGAAUCAGCCAGUGGAAUUCAAUCACGCCAUAACCUAUGUAAAUAAGAUCAAGAAUCGUUUCCAAAACCAGCCGGCAAAGUACAAGAAAUUCCUGGAGAUUCUCCAUGCCUACCAGAAGGAGCAGAAGGUGAUGAAGGAGGGCAGCCUUAAUCAGGGGAAAAUGCUCACCGAACAGGAGGUCUACACGCAGGUGGCCAAGCUCUUUGGCCAGGAUGAGGAUCUGUUGCGGGAAUUUGGACAAUUCCUGCCCGAUGCCACUAAUCAUCAGUCGUCGGGCGGGGGGCAGUACAUGGCAAAGGCCUCCUCCGUGCACCUCAAUGAUCACAGCAAGCAGCAGCAGCAGCGUACCACCGCCACACUGAGCGGCGGGGCACAUAUUACCAUGUCGAGUGCCUCGCCAGCGCACAGCAUUGGCUCACCCCUCCAUCUGAGUGGUGGGGGCACACUGCCGCAGACUCUCGACAGCAGCGCCCAUGCAGCGGCCAUUGGCAACCUUUCCGCGGUGAACACCAGCGUCAGUAUCAAGACUUACAACAACAAUCAGCAGCAUCAGCAACAGCAGCAGCAGAACCAUGUAAUUGCAUCGCAAAGGAAUGAUCUACUCUUCGAGAAGGACUAUCAUGGUGUGUCGCCAGCCAGUCUGCAACAGCAGCAGCAGUCGCACCAGCGCGGCGCUGGAGUGGCGCAUCAUCAUUUGGCGGGGACUACUGCUGGAGCCGCCAAUAUUCGAGCUGGAGCGGGCGGUGGCAGCGUCAUGGUGCCCUUUGAGAAGGAGCACCGGAACAAUCAUCAUGUACAGAAGUAUGUGGGGGGACACUCGCAGAACCAGAGCCUCUCGCACCAUGGCCACAAUGCCAAGAAGUCGCCCAGCUAUGGCCUCUCCUCGGUGAUUGGAUCCUUGCCGCACCUUUCCGACAAUUCCCUGGACCGCAGCUCGCCGGGCAUUAGUUAUGCGGCGACAGCUGUCCUGACCCCUGGCCAUCAUGCGGGUCAGAAUAAUUCUGCAGCAGCAGCCGCCGCCGUCAGACGGCAGGGCGGAGUCGAGGACGGUGGCCUGUAUGGGAGCGUCGGAGGAGGCGGCGGCGGACCACCGCCGGCCAAGCGAUCUAAGCCCUUUUGCAGGGAUGUCAGCUUCUCGGAGGCAUCAAGCAAGUGCACCAUCGCGGAUGCGGCCUUUUUCGACAAGGUGCGAAAGGCCCUGCGCAGUCCCGAGGUCUAUGACAACUUUCUGCGCUGCCUGACGCUGUUCAAUCAGGAAAUCGUGUCCAAAGCGGAACUCCUGGGACUCGUCUCACCCUUCCUGAUGAAGUUUCCCGAUCUCCUACGCUGGUUUACCGACUUUCUGGGCCCACCCGUUGGUUCGGGUCAGGGCCAGGGUCAGGUGGGAGCAACAGGAGGCGGAGGACUUAUCGAUGGCAUGCCACUAGCGGCUACACAACGGCAGGGUGGCAGCAGCAACAGCAGCUCCCACGAUCGAGACCGGGAACGAGGCACCAAUCAUCCAACGGCCGCCGAAUACGUACAAGAUGUCGAUCUGUCGGCGUGCAAGCGGCUGGGCGCCUCCUAUUGCGCCCUGCCGCAGUCCUCAGUGCCGAAGAAAUGCAGCGGACGGACAGCCCUGUGUCGUGAGGUGCUCAACGACAAGUGGGUCUCAUUUCCGACGUGGGCCAGUGAGGAUUCCACAUUUGUGACGUCGCGCAAAACGCAAUUCGAGGAGACGAUUUACAGGAAUAUUCACAGAACGGAGGACGAGCGAUUCGAGCUAGAUCUGGUCAUCGAGGUGAACAGCGCCACCAUUCAGGUGCUGGAGGGUGUCCAAAAGAAGAUGUCCCGCAUGUCCAGCGAGGAGUUGGCCAAAUUCCAUUUGGACGAUACUCUGGGCGGCACAUCGCAGACGAUACACCAACGUGCCAUCCAUCGAAUAUAUGGCGACAAGUCGGGGGAGAUAAUCCAAGGCAUGAAGAAGAACCCCUCGGUGGCAGUGCCCAUCAUCCUGAAACGGCUGAAAGUCAAGGAGGAGGAAUGGCGGGAUGCACAAAAGGGCUUCAACAAGCAGUGGCGCGAGCAGAACGAAAAGUAUUAUCUCAAGUCGCUGGACCAUCAGGCCAUCAACUUCAAGCCCAACGAUAUGAAGGCCCUGCGCUCCAAGAGUCUCUUUAAUGAGAUCGAAACUCUGUACGAUGAGCGGCACGAUCAGGAGGAUGAUGCCAUGGAGCAGUCUGGGCCGCAUCUUGUGCUGCCCUACAAGGACAAGACCAUACUUGACGAUGCCGCCAAUCUGUUGAUCCAUCAUGUCAAGCGGCAGACGGGCAUACAAAAGCAGGAGAAGCAGAAGAUCAAGCAGAUCAUACGACAAUUUGUGCCUGACCUGUUCUUUGCGCCGCGACAGCCACUCAGCGACGAUGAGCGGGAUGACGCCUUUCCAUUUUUGGCAGAUGACAAUACCAAAAUGGACGUAGACCAUUUGCCGAUGAGUCGAGCCGAUUCGGUGACUCGAAAUGCCAAGGGAUCGCCCAGCGAGAGCGGUUCCCCGGCACGCAGCACGGCGAGCACCAGCAGCAGUGCGGCGGCAGCGGCAGCCGUUAAAAAUGAAGCUGAUGAGGUGAAAGCAGCGACGACAGCAGCAGCAUCAUCAUCUACUACGACGACAACAACAACAGCGAAGACGACGCCAGCGAGUUCAGCUUCAGACGAUGCCACACCAUCAACAUCCUCAGCAGCAGCAACAGCAGUAGCAGCAGCAGCAGCAUCAGCCUCAGAGGCCAAGGCAAAGGAUGAACCCCUGUCUAACCGAGAUGAGGCAGGGAGCAGCAGCACCACCACCAACAGCACAGGUAGCGGUGUGUCCAGUCCAAGACCAGAUCAAGCAGCAACAUCAGCAGUAAAUCCCGGCGAUGUGGAAAUCAAACAAGAGCAGCAACACGCUGACUUUGCCCACCCCAAGCUGUUGCCACAGCAUGCGCAGGGCCAGCAUGAGGAUGAAUCCUACUCGCUGUUCUUUGCCUCCAACAACUGGUAUCUGUUCCUGCGCCUACACGCGAUUCUCUGCGAUCGUCUGCAUCAUAUGUAUGAGCGGGCACGGCUGCUGGCCAUCGAGGAGGAGCGUUGCCGGGUGAAUCGGCGAGAGAGCACCGCCACGGCACUUCGGCUCAAGCCCAAGCCUGAGGUUCAAGUGGAGGACUUCUAUCCCACCUUUCUGGAUAUGCUCAAGAAUGUCCUGGACGGCAACAUGGACUCGAACACGUUCGAGGACACGAUGCGUGAAAUGUUUGGCAUCUACGCUUACGUUUCCUUUACGUUGGACAAGGUUGUGUCGAACGCCGUUCGCCAGCUGCAAUACUGCGUUACUGAGCGAGCCGCAUUGGACUGCGUGGAGUUGUAUGCCACCGAACAGCGGCGUGGCAGCACUGGCGGCUUUUGUCGCGAUGCCCACAAAACUUUCGAGCGCGAGAUGUCGUAUCAGCGCAAGGCGGAGAGCAUGUUCAACGAGGAGAACUGCUUCAAGGUGUACAUUUACAAAAUUGACUGUCGCGUUACUAUAGAGCUGCUCGACUCGGAGCCCGAAGAGGCGGACAAGCCGGCGCUGAAGGCCCAAAAGUUCAGCAAAUACGUAGAGAGAGUUGCGAAUCCGGGCCUCGGCGGCAGUGGCAGUGGGAAUAGUGCAGCACUGAGCAGCGAGAACAUUGUGGAAGAGUCGGACAUCAAGACGGAGGAGGAGGAUGAAAAUGCCGAGCAUGCUCGAGGAGGAGGUGCACCCAAGGCGCGUUUCCUGCUGCGCAACAAGCGCAGGUCGCAGCUGCACGAGGAGCAAGUGCGCCAGUUGUUUGAUCAGAAGCGAAGCCGAAUUGAAACCACAGGAGCGCCCGCCACGACUAACGCUGCUGAGGCAGGCUCUGGCGGCGAUGCCAACAAUUCCACCAGCAGCAGCAACACCACCAACACCACCACUAAUAAUAAUAACAACAAUAACAAUAAUAAUUGGGGCAAGCGUCUUCCGGAGAGACUUGGCGCUCCACAGGUGGGCCUGGCCGAGCAAUACGCCUUCAACGAUCGCGACGAGAUCACCACAAAUUCCAGCAACGGCAGAUGCUUUGUGACCAGCAAGAAUCUCAAGCUACUCAAGUACGAUGCAGUGCGUCGUGCCAAGAAGAGUCAUUGCCGCGUCACGCAGGCGAAAUAUGUCCGGUAUCAGGCCUACGUCAACAAUUGGCUGCAGCAGCACGUCAGCGAGCAACUGCAGCAGAACUGCAGCGACUGGCUGCUGGGCAAGACGGCGGAUCAGAUCAAUGCCAGUGGCUGGGGCGCCACCUGUAAGACCAAGUCACUGCAGCAGAAGGAUACGUCCAAGACGCCGUAUCGUGUGUACACGCGAUACAAAGUCAUUCAGCUUGGUGGCAAUGCGACGAGCGGCGGCUCGAUUGGUGGUGUGAUGGCUGCAGCAACCUCAGCAAACGCCUCGGUGGCAGCAACAACAACAUCAUCAUCGGUAACCAAUGUGUUGGGCACCGCCAUGUCCUCCAACCAUCCCAUCGCCCAUAGCAGCAACAGCAGCAUUUUGUCAACGGACUCGACUUCCACCACCACCUCCAAUGCCCCGCAGCAGCAUUGCAACAGUGCGGCAGCAGCAGCUGCAGCGACCACGAAUGCCGCCGAGGCACUGCAGCAGGUGCGUCCUAUGGAGAGCUAACCGGAACGGACAGCAGCAAGAGCAACAGGAGUAGGAUCAGGAGCAGGAGCAUGUUCAGAUGCUGCCUACAUGUGACGAUAAAAAAGAUGGAAUGGAAUGGAAGAUUUGCCUGUAUUCAAUAUAAAAAUUUGAUUCUAAAUGUGAUACCAGUCGCUGUCCGGCGUGGCAUUGGAUAUUGGAUAUAUAUUUCAUCGAAACAAAGCCCCUUUUCACUUUGUACAGAGUCAUUUAAUCAUAGGCGUUUUGCUCCAAAACUAGAAUUAGGCUUACAUUUCUUGCAUAACUUAUAGAGUUAACAUUAGAGUUCCACCUAUGGCAGAGCGACAGUUUUGUUUAUAUAGAGGCGCCUUGUUUUUAUUGAGGUAGCAUUAAGUCAGUCAUAGAGCCCUUUCUACCCACUAACGCAACCUAACUUGUAGGCCCCACAUGAUAAGUCAUAUAAAUAGUAUAUACAUAAAGCUAAAGCUAAAGCGUUUUGUGCACAGCAAACGGAACAAGUGAAGAGUUGUGCUAGUAAUUAGUAGAUUUCAAAACACGUCUGUUUAGAGCCCUAAGAUUUUAUCUUUUACUUUUACACCUACAUAUGUGUGACGCAUGACGUGACGUAUUUUUAUACAAAAAGAAAUUCAACAAAACAAUCGCAUAGGCCAGACCCACACACAAACCUUGUACAAUUCCUUGUGAAUACUAUUAUAUUAUUAGAUAUCUACGCGUUUAAGAACCCUAAACAUAAGCUGUAAAAACGUAAUGAGCAGAUUAAAACAAGUUUAUCAAAAGUGAAA